CAGUUCCCUAUUUCCUGCCCGAAUUUAUGAAAAAGCAUAUCACAACAGUCAAAGAGAGAAUAGACGAGGCUGUCGACGAUGGCUUUUCAUCUAUCGAGGAACAGAUUGGCACAGCUUUGAUUUCUAAUCAUAUGGCCAACUCCGAUUUACGGGUAGCUCGUGUCUUGGUUCACUCCUUGAGAGAAGAAAUUCGCGCCCUUGAGGCGCAGAAUGAGAACCUACGGAAUGAGCUCCAGCGAUGCGAAGAGCGCUUGUAUCAACACGGCAGAGAGACGGAGGAAUGGGUUGACAGAAUGAAGGAGAUGCUCAGACGUAUUCCAGGGCAUGGUGAUGCCUAGGGGCCAGAGUCUUCAAUCACAAUCCGAAUUCAUGAUUUCGGUGUAGUUCGAUUUACUUUUGAGGACUACUUUAAGAGAUGGUGUUAAUUUGGACUAUUUGUGACGCGUCUAGGGCACUAGGAGUAGUUCGCCCAUAAAUAAUUAACAUGUUUUAAG